UAGAAGAUAGGAUUCAAUUAGGAAAGAGGUUCGGUUAGUAACCUUAGUGGUUUACAUGGAUCUGUCUGUUCUUCUACUCAUAACAGUAGGCAGCUGUAUGCUGCCAAAAUAAAUGCUGUCAACUACAGUUUAAUGUGCAGUAGUUUUGCUGUGCUGUGGCUCAAAUGAAAUGGUUAAACACCUUAUGUGAUUUCAUAAAUGUGAACAGCAGCAGGAGACCCUGCAAAACAACUUGAAGAAUUAAAAAAAAACUAAGUUGUUAAAAUUAGCAGUAUGGAAAUCCACUUCUCUUUUUAUCUGUUCCAUUUUUCGUUUUCGGAACAUGUGAUUCUUCAUUUGCAAGAAACAGCAGGCUAGUUCUGUAAGUGUCCACCCCUUGCUAAACAAAGUUAUUAACCAACAUUUUGUCAGAACAUAAAAAUAUAAAAGGAAGUCACGUGCCAAACAAAAGCCCAGAGAAAGCCACAGAGUGAGAGCCGAGCUGGAGCUCACAUCAGCUCUCAUAGCUUGUGGACUAUCAGUGAUUCAACUGCAAACGGUAUGUUAAUGAUCAGUAGGAAUCCAUCAGUCUGUUUUCUUGAUUCAAAAUGAAGAUGCUCUUCAGUUACGAUUCAUUGUGUUGGCUCCUUUUAGUCCCGAUGCAAGUGACUUUUAACUCAGCCCAGAAGGUCAGUGGAAUGCUUGGACAGAACGUGACUGUGCCGUGCAUAUACUCUGUUGAGGGUCGUGUCAUGGAAAUGUGCUGGGGUCGAGGAGAAUGCCCUUAUUCUAAGUGCACACAAACAAUUAUUUCAAGUGAUGGAAACAGAGUGAACUAUAAAAAAUCAGACAAGUACGGUUUAUUUGGUAAUUUACAGGAAGGCGAUGUCUCUCUGACUAUACUACACCCCAGUGAAGAAGACAGUGGGACAUACUGCUGCCGUAUGGAAAUACCAGGAUGGUUUAACGACCACAGACAUAAUACACAGCUGAUCAUUGAGAAAGCUCCUGCUACAACCACAUCUAAACCAGUCACUGCUCGGGGGGCUGACACUGUGAACACCUCGAAAGGUCAAAUAACCACAGGCUUUUGGAAUGAUACUGAUUCUACAUCAAAUCACAUUACAUCUUCAGAGCAGGACCCUAAUUCCACACAAACAACCACGGCUCAAAGUAAAGCUCCUCUUGGGAUUGGGGUAUCAGUUAUGCUUCUCCUGCUUUUAUUGGCUGUUUUGUGUUUACUCUUCAUUUUUAAAAAUAAAUGUCUGCAAAAAUGUCAAAAACUAGAAUCCAAAACCAUCCAGGAACUGCAAAUCAGAACAAACGUGGAUGAGAACAUUUACACCACCGAAGAACAAACCGAUUAUGAAGUGUGCCCCUAAUGGUAGCCAAAGAAGAAGCAGGAGACCACGAAGUCUUCAC